AUGGAACCCCUAGCAUUGAACGAUAGGCUCGAUGAUGAUUGCGAAGAAAACAAGCCAACCCCUAAUACCUCGCAACAACCAUUCUCAAAUGAGAAGAUCGAAAAACAAACUUCCACUGACUCAGAACCCCUAAAACACGAAUCAACCACAGGAAACAUACAACCAGAGGAAGAGACAAAAGAAAGUUCUCAUGAUGAAUAUGUCCAGGGUCCUAAGUUGUACUUGGUAAUGCUAUCAACCACAAUGGUUUACUUCCUCAUCAUGUUAGACAAUACCAUUCUAGCAACCGCUAUUCCCUAUAUCACCGACGAGUUCCACUCUUUACUCGACGUCGGAUGGUACGGUAGCGCAUACCAGUUAUCCUGUUCGGCGCUACAGCCAUUUGGUGGAAAGAUCUACUCCAAGUUCAACUCCAAGUGGUCUUUUAUCAUUUACCUCAUCCUCUUCGAGGCCGGCUCCGCCGUAUGCGGUGCCGCUUCGUCCUCGGCCAUGCUCAUCGGAGGGAGGGCAAUUGCUGGAGUGGGCGGGUCGGGUCUGCUCAACGGAACACUUAUCAUUAUGAACUCUUGCAUCCCGCCUCAUCGCCAACCAGUCGGCCAGUUGGGUAUCGCAUUUGGUCCGCUCAUCGGAGGUGCUUUUACAGAAUACGUGACCUGGAGAUGGUGCUUCUAUCUUAACCUCCCAAUUGGCGGCGCUGUAGCCCUUAUAAUCGCCUUUAUUCAGAUUCCAGACCAUAUUGCGAAACCAAAGAUGCGGGACGUCUUCAAAAACGCAAUGGUAGACUUCGACUUGCUAGGGUUCGUGCUUUUCGCCCCAUCCGCCAUCAUGUUCUUCCUCGCGCUACAAUACGGCGGGAAUCAGUACCGAUGGAAUAGCUCACAGGUCAUUGGCCUUUUCUGUGGCUCAGGCGCUAAUUUCAUCCGUGUCAUGUGGGCUAGCUGCGUGUCCGGUAUGUUCUUGAGCGGCUCGAUGUUUAUUACGGCCUACUACCUGCCUAUUUACUUCCAGACCGUUCGCGCCGCUACACCCUUUAUAAGCGGCGUGGAUGUUCUCCCUAAUAUUCUGUCACAGAUGAUCUUUGGAAUAAUAACAGGGGGCUUGGUUCAGAGGGUUGGAUACUACUCCCCAUUCGUCAUCCUAGGUGCUAUUCUUAACGCUACCGGGUGCGGUCUUUUGAGUCUUCUCUCACCUCACACGUCUACGGGAAUAUGGAUUGGAUACCAGAUUAUAUUUGGUAUUGGUCGCGGUCUUGCUAUGUCAAUACCCUUUCUUGCUGUGCAAAAUCACCUUCCGAGACACCUGAUCCCAGCAUCCAUGUCUACGCUUGUAUUUCUACAGAACCUAAGUGCAGCCGUUAUGACCGUCAUCUCGCAGACUAUUCUCACUAACAGCUUAAUCGACAUUAUCCCGCAGGACGCACCCGGUGUUGAUCCCCAGGUUGUUAUUAGCGCAGGUACAACAGCGGCAGCAUUGGCUCAGGCUGUAGGCCAAGAACAGUUACCCGGUGUCUUAUGGGCUUACUCACAUGCCUUGCGACGAAUCUGGUACUUCGCUGCUGGCAUUGCCGUACCCACGUUUGUUGCUGGCUGGUUCUUGGGUUGGGAUAAUAUCAGAGAGAAGGCCAAACGGGACAAGGAAGCCGAGAUAUCGAAGGAGUGA